UUGGCAAUUUGAAAAAAUUCCUGAUCCUCUUAAGGUCGAACAUCCUCUCUCGCUCGCUCGCUCGAUCACUCUCUCCGUCGGUCGAUCGCCAUCUCGCUUGUCCGCUCCUAGGGUUUUCGAGAACCCGAAAAUCUCGAGAUCUCGCUUACAGUCGAUUACUAUACUUCUUUUCGGCUUAGGGUUUGUUCCUGGUUCCGAGCUAUUCUUUUCCCCCUUCAAGCGAUGGAUAUGCUUCAGGAAGUCGACGAUUACAUCAAGGAAUCCAUCGAGUGUUCCCUAGGCCUCCCGGUAUCAGAGAAGACCCUCAGACUGAAGCUUCUCGCUUCAGAGGACGAGCGGCAUCGCCUCCAAGAUCAGAUCUUCUUCUUGCAGGACCAACUCAAAGAGUCUCAUAAGCGCCUUCAGCUUUCCAAGGAGGAGACGAAUAUGAAUCUUCAGGGUUUAAAGAAUUGCAUCCAGGAUAAGGAGAGGAUGGCUGCAAGGUGUGUUGAAAUGGAGAAUUACUGUGCUAAGAUGGAAAGUGAAUGCAUGCUGUUUGAACGUGAUUUGGAGAAGGCAAUGGAGUCAUGUGAUGAGUUGGAGAAGGAGAACAAUGAGCUUCGUGCUCAGUUGCGUGAUAGCCUCUCUGCUCAAGCAUUAGUUGCUGAAGUUAAAUCCUUGCAAGAAGAUAAGGAGAACCUCCGGAUAAAUCUGCAGAGAGCUGAGGAGGAGGUGAAAGUACUAUUUGAGGACAACAGAUUACUGGAUGAUGAGAAUAAGCGACUGCUAAGGCUUCUGCAGAGGGAAACACAACGACAUGGAUCUGGCAACAAGUUAUCUGCAUCUUCUUCUAAGGGCAAGCGCAAGUCAAGCAUGAUGAAGAGCAUUGCCUUUGGGCGACAGAUUGAGUUCAAUUCUGAAGAGCAAGCAAGACAGCCACUUACACCGUUCUAAGAAGUGAGAAAACACGCUGCCUUCUCUAAUUGUAAAGCGCCUUAGAGA